CGAAGUCAAUUCUGCGACAGCAUGAUUUCCAGGAAAUCUCCUCAUUUAACGGACUUUCUGGGAGGGCGCUUUAGAGACGAAAAUGACCACCACAACCCUUAUGCAUGAGCUUCAGUCAGAACCAUCAGAAGGCAAGCAGAGGUGCAGUGGUUUACGCAGGCUUAAAGAUUUGCAAUUUUCCCUCAAUUACUGCAGCAAAUUUAGAAACAUUCCACGUGGACUACACCUGCCUCUAAAUAAGGAUCAUGUCUUGUAGUAAAUACAUGCCAGCUCCAGUGUGUCUCAUUGAAAACUAUGAAAAUGGGAAGCUACAUGUGAAGAAAGAGGCCAAAGACAUUCUGGAUGCGAUCAAUGAGCCGGUGGUGGUGGUGUCUGUGGUGGGACUCUACCGUACGGGGAAGUCUUACCUUAUGAACCGCCUGGCAGGACAACAGUCAGGCUUUGCUCUUGGCAGCACUAUUGAAUCAAAGACCAAAGGCAUCUGGAUGUGGUGUGUCCCUCACCCUAAUAAAAAAGGACACACUCUGGUGCUGCUGGACACAGAGGGACUUGGUGACGUGGCGAAAGGAGACUCUAAGAAUGACAGCUGGAUCUUCUGUCUGGCUGUCCUGCUCAGCAGCACAUUGGUGUACAACAGCCGCGGCACCAUCGAUAACACUGCAGUGGAGAAGCUGCACUAUGUUGCUGAGCUCGCUGAGAAUAUCAAGAUCAAGUCAGCAGAAGAUGAGGAGGAAGGGGAAGAUUCUGAUUUUGUGAUGUUUUUCCCAUCAUUCACCUGGGUUGUGAGAGAUUUCACCUUGGAUUUGGAAAUUGAUGGAAAAAAAGUGACAGAUGACGAUUACCUUGAAUUUGCCCUCAAUCUGAAGAAAGGUUUGGGUAGGAAAAUUAAUGACUACAAUCUGCCUCGUGAAUGUAUCAAGCGUUAUUUCCCUAGCCGGAAGUGUUUUGUGUUCCCGUUUCCCGUUACCUCCCAGGAAGACAUGACACGCCUGGAGAUCUUACAAGACCAGGACCUUGCACAACAAUUUCUGGAAGUCACAAAGCAUUUCUGUGACCAUUUGUUUGUAAACAGUGCCGUGAAAAGACUGAAAGGAGGACACAUAGUUACUGGCCAGUUGCUCGGCCGUCUAGUUGAGAUAUAUGUAGACAAAAUCAACAGUGGUGAAGUGCCCUGUUUGGACAAUGCAGUGGUUGUUCUGGCAAAUCAAGAAAACCAGGCAGCUGUUCAAGAAGCUCUGAAAGUAUAUCAGAGAGGAAUGGAAGAGGUGAAAAAUAUGUUACCAAUCAGUAUAGAAUAUUUGACCUGUGAGCACCAGAAAUUCAGCAGGCUGGCCACUUCUGAGUUCAUGAAACGCUCAUUCAAAGAUGAAAAAACUGAAUACCUGAAAAAACUGGAGGAAACUGUAUCUGUGUGCUAUACAGACUUGCUGGGAGAGAAUCAGAUGGCAUCAGAGAAAAAGUGCAGAGAUCUGCUGAAGAAUCUGUUUGCGGACAUGAAUAAACGGCUGCAGGAUGGAGAAUACAGUCAGGCUGGAGGAUAUGAACUCUAUAAAAGAGACAGAGAUGCCAUUGUUGAAAAGUACCGCAGAGAACCCAACAAAGGUGUAAGGGCUGAGGCUGUGCUGGAAGAGUUUCUGAAAGAGCGGGAACCUGAAGCAAACAGCAUCCUCUGCAUGGAUAAUAAACUCACUGAGAAGGAGAAACAAAUUAAAAAGGAGAAGGAGAAAGUGGCUCUGCUGGAACAGAAGAUGAAAGAGGAAGAGGAGAAACAUAUUGAGAAUGAACGGAUGUUGAAGACUGAGAAAGUGCGGCAUGAGGACAUGGUAAAACAGAUGCAGGAGAAGUUCAACAAGGAGCUGGAGCAGCAGCAGCAGGAGAGGGACAGAGCCAUUGAGAGCAAACUGAAGGAGCGGGAGGAGAUGCUAAAGAAAGGCUUUAAGCAGAAAGCUGAAAACCUUGAGGAAGAAAUAAAGAAGUUAAAUAAUGAAAAGGAAUGCUCAAGAGGUGGUGGCAUUUUUAAGGACUAUGUGAUGCCAUUUCUUCGCCCUCUUGUAGAAAUGGUUCCCAAUCUCCUCAUGCAGAGAUCAAUGUUGAAAAGCCUAAAAAAGGGAUUGAAACUUUAAAACCCAAAACACAAUCCUUGUCUCAUAUUUUCCAUUCACUGACAUAACUCCAUUGCAGAUUGUCUGAUUUUGUAGCUUUUAAUGAUUUACUAAACCAUGCACUUUAUAGAGCAGGUAGUAAAUGAGCUGAGCAUCCUGAACAUAUGAACCCUUGAAAGUGCACAAUGUAAUUUCUUCACCGUUAGCAGCACCCAGAGGAUUUGUAAAAUGGCAGUGAUGUGUUUUCCAGUGCACAGUCCAUUGUUUGGAUAAAAAAGUAGUCCUACCUCAAACAUACACAGCUGGUGGUUGGGUUGCUGAAACAGAUUGCAAUUCCAUUAAGUGCCAUUAGUGGUGUAGAAAUGACACACUGCAUUCACAAAAAGCAUUCACUGAAACUGGUACUUUGAAUCCAAAACAUGCCUCUGUCUGCCACUGAUGGGACAAAAAUGGCAAGUCCCACCCCAAACUCAUUCCACUGGUUGAGUGAAAUGAAUAAUGUUUAAAUCUGUCAAAAUUGUUAGGGGGCUUAAACUGGGAAAGGUAUCUGUCCAGAUUCUGAACAAUAUUUACUGAAUGUUGUUGGGAGGAACAAGUGUUCCUAAACCUUAGACUAGAGUAGAUCAUUAAGUCUGGCUUAAAGUCAUUCAUAGGUUGUCACCUACUGGUGUAACAGUUACCUUUACAUGGGUCACUGAACUAUCAGCAAUUACAAUUUCUUGCAAUAUUUUGAUAAAUGGAUUGAAAAAAAUAAAUAAAAUAUGAAGACGCAAAAAGGAAGUGUUUUGAAACCAUUUAACGUUUAAAUAAAUUUAUUAGUUCCUGUUUUUGCUUUAAAAAUUUACUUAUAUUGCAAUAAGGAAAUGGUGUAAUAGGCCACACAUUGUCAAGAAUCGAUUAAGGGAUUACUGAAAAAUAGCAAGCUGUGGUGUGCAGACAAUAUAAAGACACAUAUGCUCAGCCCAGAUAUCAUGCUCCUUCUGAAUGCAGCCUAUAUGAUCAGCCUAGAUUUAUAAAAAUGCUUAGCACUGUAGAACUCACAGUCAUAUGGCUUCCUUAAAUCAUUAUGACCAAUCCCCAGAUCAGUAUAGCAAGUCAAAUUGAAGAAAACUUUAACACUUAAUGUAUUUUCGUCUUAAUGUAAUUUGGUCCACAAAACAUACAGCAUAUUUUGUGCCAUAUAACAUUCCAGUAUUCUACAAUAAAAUUGUUUUUCCUCUGAA